GGCCGAAUCCUGCCGAGCGCGACCUUCCUGCGCCCGGAUCGCUGCGCGUUCGCACGUCUCCAUGGGACCCGCGUGUCGCCGCUUCCCGGCCGCCCCGGCUUGCUGAUGCGCGGGGGGCUCUCGGGCAUCGAUCCGCCUGCGCCCUGGCUCGUCGGAGUGGGAGAUGGCAGAAACGGCGGCGGGCGCCGGGGAAGUGGAGAGGCACUGCUGGAUCUGUUUCGGCACGGAGGGCGAUGACCGGUCGGCAGAAUGGGUCUGCCCGUGCCGUUGCAAAGGUUCCACCAAAUGGAUCCACCAGGCCUGCCUCCAGCGGUGGCUGGACGAGAAGCAGAAGGGCAACAGCACAGGGAACGAGAGCUGCCCGCAGUGCGGCACCGAGUACUGCAUUGUCUUCCCCAAACUGGGACCCUUGGUGUAUUUCCUGCAGCAAGUGGACCGGGCACUGUCCAAAGUGAGCCCAUUUGCAGCGGCAAGCAUUGUGGUGGGAACACUGUACUGGUCAGCCGUCACUUAUGGGGCAGUCACCGUGAUGCAGGUGGUGGGGCAUAAAAAGGGCCUGGACGUGAUGGAGCGGGCAGACCCCCUUUUCUUGCUCAUGGGGCUUCCCACCAUCCCAGUGAUGCUGGUCCUGGGCAGGAUGAUCCGCUGGGAGGACUACGUGCUGCGGGGCUGGCGGAAAUACUCCAGCAAGCUGCAGGCGCUGCAGGCGCUGGUGCCAGGGGCCAGCCGUCCCGCCCUGCAGGCCCCGCUGGCAGAGUCGCGCUACCAGAGCGACCGCCUCUCCGUCUCACGCACGCUCUGCGGCGCCCUCAUCUUCCCCACCAUCGCCAACCUGGUUGGCAGAGUCACCUUCCGCCGCGUCAACUCCAGCCUCCAGCGUACCAUCCUGGGCGGAAUUGCGUUUGUCGCCAUCAAGGGGGCCCUGAAGGUCUACUUCCGCCAGCAGCAGUACUCGAUCCAGGCCAACCGCCGCAUCCUCGACUUUGUGGAGAAGGAGGACGCAGAGGAGGAUGCCGUCCAGCCGGACGAGGACAGCGGCAGCGAAGCGGGGCUCAGCUAGGGGGCGAGUGCUGCCCUGGGGGCUGCUGGACUCGGGGGGCAAGGUCCUCCCACACCGGAUGUUCCGGCCAGGCAGUCCCACGUGCAGGCAGCGGGUGCCGAGGAGGCAGACAGAGGGUUGGCUGGGCAGGAGCAGCGCUAGGAGGAGUCUUCCUCGACCGUGAAAGCCGCUUGGUUUUAAGCCGGGGGCUUCUUCGGGGGCUCUCUGGUUUCUCCUCUGGGCUCGUUCUGCAUUCCGUGUGGAUCCGCUCGCUAAUCUCUAGACACCAGGAUCGAAAUAAACGGAGGAUUUCCGCUGCAGGAAACCCUCCCCGCACA